GUCACCUGCCAGUGACGCUUCUUUCAAGGCAUCUUGUGCUAAUAUACGAGGUCGGGGGCACAUAUAUCUUCAAGGAUGCCUCCGAAGAUAGUGAGCAGCGUAUCCGACGAGGAGACGUUCAAGUCCAUCGUCUUCUCCAAUGAAGACCCCAGGCUGCACAGUGAGGGAGCUGUUUGGCUGUGUGCAGUGCAUGUGUGUGGAUGGGUCGGAGACGCUCAUCCUUGACGGACGCCAUGCGAGUGUGUGUGUGUGUGUCAGUUGUUGAUGUGUACACCCAGUGGUGCGGCCCGUGCAACCAGAUGAUGCCGCUCUUCAAGUCUUUGUCCAUCAAUGUCGACUUCUUUGAAGAGCGGGUCAACAUCCUACAGGUGAGUUGAGUGAGGCGGAGCGGGGAGACGAGACGUUCUCUCCAUCUCUCUCUCUCUCUCUCUGUGUGUGUGUGUGUGUGUCUCUGUCAGGUGUGUGCAGCGACCAUUGGCGACUUUGAGAAGUAUGAAGGCACGUCCCAGCCGACAUUUCUCCUUUACAGGGUCAGUCACUGUCUGUCUAUGUCUCUGUCCAUCCAUCCAUCCAUCCAUGUGUGUGCGUGUGUGUGUGCAGGAGGGCAGUUUGGUUGCCGAGGUCAAGGGCGCCAACGCCCCAGUGCUGCUCAAGACUAUCGACCAGAACCUGCCCCCACCACCAGACACCGACUGACUUGACUA